AUGUCUGAAAUACUCUAUCCAGUCUUGAGCCGCCCAUCAGGUCGGCGUUAUUCUGUUCGACCUUUCUACUGGACUCUCAUGGUGAUCACGACCUUGGCAGUUCUUAGCUGGACUCUUGGAUCAUAUGAAGAUGAAGGGAUUACGUUUCCUGUCAAACGUUUUCUGCCAGGAGGGGGUUCCGACAGGCAGGGUAUCUUCAAGAGAGGCGCUGAUCUAGAGUGCCGCAUGGUUCGUAAAGCACACGACAAGUGCUCUUAUGUUCGCACGAAUUGCCCUGACCAUGAAGAUGGCCUGUUUUCGUAUCUCCAAUUCUACUAUUGCUCUCUCGCAGGUGCCAAGCCAGUCGCAUUCACCAUCCUUAUCCUAUGGCUUUCACUACUGUUUAGCACGAUCGGGAUUGCCGCCAGUGAUUUCCUAUGUAUCGACUUGAGCACUUUAGCCGGUGCACUUGGUUUGAGCGAAAGCUUGGCCGGGGUCACGUUUCUUGCGUUUGGAAACGGAAGUCCGGAUGUCUUUUCUACCUUCGCCGCCAUGAAAUCUAACAGCGGUAGCUUGGCCAUUGGGGAGCUGCUUGGAGCUGCGAGCUUUAUCACGUCGGUCGUUGCAGGGUCUAUGGCGCUGGUCCGCCCGUUCAAAGUUGCUCGAAGAAGCUUUGUUCGUGAUGUCGGGUAUUUCAUCGUGGCUGUGAGCUUCAGCAUGUUAUUGUUAGCAGAUGGCCGCCUCCAUGCGUGGGAAUCUGCCGCAAUGGUCACUCUAUAUUGCUUUUAUGUCGUCCUAGUCGUAACCUGGCACUGGUACUUUGUGCGUCGCCGUCGUGUCUAUGAGAGGGAUAUAGCUGCGCGAUCACACUUCCAUAUCCCUGAAAACCAAGAACUGGAGAUCGAGGAAGCCGAAGACGAUGAACCUGGGGUCAUCUCUGAAUCCACAAGUCUUCUUCAUGGUGUUUCAGUGCAAGAUUUUGACGCCUUAGAGAGAGGCGGAGAGGCCCCUUGGAAAGAUGGAGAUGAUGACGAAACCCGCAACCGGUAUCUAGCAGAAAUACGGGAUAAUAUGCACGUGUAUCGUCCCUCUGAACACAGGCGUAAUACUUUAAACCCAAUCAGACCCAGUCUGGUCGGUGCGCUGGAGUUUCAAUCCGUUGUUUCUUCUCUUCAGCGGUCGCGAAGUACCCAUCAGAACGUCCCGAUUACCCUCCAGCGGUACACAGAUGGUUACGAUAGGGCUCAUGUGGCAUUACCAGAACGCGAUAAUAUCUCUGUUGCUUCACACCCAUGGGUCAGUAGGCCUUCUGCAGCAAGCCAUCUGUCGCCUAACAGCGGAACGAGUUCAACUCGAACUCGAGCUGUGUCCGCCGAUGAUGCCACGGGUCUGAAGUUAGAUACUAGCGUGUUCGAUUCUGGUGCAAAGCGACCGCACGUUGCUAUCACCCGACCCUCGGUCGAUGAUCCAUCUACAUUUGUUCAGACCCAGACCCGUCAAACGGAUAAGACUGCCGAGUCAGAACUAUCGCCAUCAUCGUCCGGACAAGCAUGGCGAAGUCCCAGUCCAGAGGGAAGUGCGCGUCCGCGGACUCCACAACUACUUGCACCCCCUGGUACUUUCCACCCUCCAAACUACCAGGCUGAAACGCCCGAACCAAGAUCUCCUCUUGAGAUUUCCCCACGAGGGACACCAUUCGCCUCUGAGUCCGUUGAUGUUCCAGUGGAAAGCCCUUGCAGUCCAUUUCCCCCCUUCCUUGAUACAUCUAAUCCGGUGCACUCCAGGGCACCUAGUAUACGCCUACCACCUGUUUCUAGCCCCACGGAGGAGCUGCAGGUGCAUGACAGCAUUUAUGACACUGAGUGCCCUCGAACUUCAUCCCAGAUGCUGUGGUUGUUUCCUUUCACUUCCGUUCUUUUACCAUCUAUCAUUCGAACACUCUUCCCUACUCUGGUCGGGUGGAAGACGAAGAGUUUCUGGGAAAGGAUACUAGGGGUGAUUGCAGCUCCUAGUGUGCUGCUACUGACGAUUACUGUCCCUGUUAUUGAGCCGGCACAACCCAAAACCAGCGCAGACCCUGUAACAGUCGUAGUGACUUCAGCAGAUGGAGGAGACUCGGGAGUACCUGCAGUGAGGUUACCGGAGGAUAGCCCUCUUGUUCAACCUGUUGAUCAUGGAUCCACUGCCGAGCAAGCUGCAGGCCAUACAGGCAAAAGUCAAUCAAGGCAGGGGCGGCAACGUUGGGACUCAGAGUUGCCCGCCAUUCAAUCACAGCCAGAUCCUUCGGCAUUGCCUCCGAAGGAAUGCUGUCAGUGGCUAGUUUGGAUACAAAUAUUCACCGGCCCUUUUUUUGUUGCCUUGAUUGCCUGGACAGCCCUUGAUUCUGGCCUAGACAUCCGCAAUCUCUUACUACCGUUCCUCUUAUCACUACUCUUUUCGCUGGUAUGCAUCACUGGUCUUAUCAUAAGUUCACGACAUGGUAAUUCUUGGCAAUUUCCAACUGCAUGGCGUCCUUUGCUAGCUUUUCUGGGUUUCAUUGUUGCUAUAUGCUGGAUUGCGACUAUAGCUACCGAGGUCGUCAGUCUCCUCAAGACCCUAGGAGUGAUCUUGAACAUCAGUGACUCACUCCUUGGACUGACCGUUUUCGCUGUUGGAAACUCGUUGGGCGAUCUCGUUGCUGAUAUCACCGUUGCUCGCCUAGGCUACCCAGUUAUGGCGUUGAGUGCCUGCUUUGGCGGACCUAUGUUGAAUAUUCUUCUAGGAAUUGGCCUAGGUGGCCUAUACAUGACUCUUCAUGCAAAAGCAGAAACGGUAGCCACGGACGGAGUUCCGUAUGAGAUCACUAUAUCCAAGGUACUCAUCAUCAGUGGCGCCACAUUGCUAUCUACACUAGUAGGGCUACUGGUAGUAGUCCCGUUGAACAAAUGGAAAAUGGACCGAAAAAUCGGCUGGGGUUUAGUGAUUCUAUGGUGCAUCAGUACCCUCACAAAUGUCAUUGCAGAAGUUUUAGCUUAA